CUAAAAAACUUCAUCAUAAUUCUAGGCAUCAACAACCCCGGGUGAGUCCUCAGCUGCAGAUGAUUUCUUUAAUAAGUACUUGAUAAAGAUUCAAAUACAAAACCUCAUUGCAAAAGGCACAACAGCUGCGAUCAGAAUAUAGCGAAACUUCAUCGAUUCCUUAGGCGUGAUAGCGAAUACAACAGACCCACAUGUUACAAUCAUUGAAGCCAUGGCAACCAACACUUCGAGAUGAAAAGGGAAUUUGUAUGUUAGGGACAUUAUGACCAAGACAGCUGAAAAUGCCAAAGAGUUGGAAAUCAAGAAAAUAUAAUAAGCUUGUUUUUCGGAUGCAUAAAUGGCUCUUCCUGCUUUGUGUCCAUCUUUGUUAUCUUGCCAAACUCCCCCACAUCAAAAUUAAUUUAAGCAUCAGAGGUACUACAAUGGACCCUGAGUUCCCUUUCUCUACUGUGCAGGUAAUAGUCCGAGUGUUGUCAGCAUAGAGUCGCCCAAGCCUACGAAACACGACAUCAACCUUUGGAGCUUUUCUCAUUUCUGCCCACCCAUCUGAUCUAAUUCCUUUCCAUUGCUCUCAUAUUAUCGGUUAGGGCUUAUUUUGCACUUGCAACCAAUUUAGAGAGGGGUGGAAAAAUCUCGUUGGGCCUAGCUCAAUUCAGUACACGGAUUUCUCUCUAUUUUUUUUUUUUUUCUCUUUUUGCUGAAAUACACGUGAAUUUCUCAGUCCAAUUCUUGCCCCUUUCCAUCCGGCAUCCACAGAAUCAUUUGGAAGGUCCGAAUAUGGAGAAAACCUACUUUGCAGUGCCCCCCAUUGUCCAACACCAAGGAAGGUGUCUACAUAUCCAACAGGCUCCCAUGUGCUUAACUGGGCUUGGCCUUUUGAGGAUUCUGUGUUGGGCAGAAAAGGACAAGAGAGCAGCAACCCCAAAUUGUUUCAGCACUCAAAGCUCCAUCCGAAGUUGAAGCCAAACCACAAGUCUAACAACCCCUUGUAGUUAAAGGAGGAAAACCGACGAAUUCCAAACCAAACCUAACGCCCAAACGCCAACCGAACCAGAUGGAAGUUUUGGCUGCCGAACAUCGGGUGUUGACGGUUCCACCAUAUAGCAUAGCUAUCAUGCUACUUACCCAAAGUUGCUUUCAACCACCCCUUCUCUCUCUCUCUAAAAAAUGCCACCCAAAAAUAAGUCACAGCCACCUACGCCCACCCCGUGCGGUUGAUUACAUGACACUAUUUGAUCGUACGAAUGAUAUCUAUCCCAUAUUUUGUUAAGAAAGACUUUGAUGAUGAUAGUGGCCCCAAAGUCAGAGGUGGACCUAUAUAGACAGACAGACAGACAGACAGACAGAGAAUUGGUGUGGGAGAAGGGUGCGCAGCCUAUCACACCCUUCCCCCACGGUGCACGUUAGCCCUCCCCACCCCCUCCACCUAUGCGGUGGCCUCCUCAUCCAUCUAGAUAGAUCUCAAAAUCAGCCGCACACUCCUCCCUCCACCUCAAUAUGUCACCAAACACCACUUUCUUCCUUAUCUCCUCCACUCCCUCAUCUCCUUCUCCACCCUUGUACCCCACCACUACCUCUCUGCUUUUCCCUCUUUCUAUUCUGCGCCACCCACCUUAUCCUUCUUCCCCACCCUGAUUUCCCAACCACCACCUCUACUUCCAUUUCCUCCGCUUUCCAACCUGCGCUGCCUUUCUUAUCCUCACCCCAAACCCACCCCUGGAUCCUCAAUAAGAACGAGAAAAGAACGUCCUUUUCCGUUAUCCUCCACCAUGGCUUCCUCAUCCUCGCCGCCACCCGCAGACGACGCCGCCGCACCCACCACUCCUUCGGGCCCACCCACUGCCGUGGGUAUAACGCUGUCGCUACCCGCACCCCCACUGCCUCAAUCCGAGACGCAACCGCCCGCAUCAUCAGCCACCACCGCAUCCCGCCGCCUCCCGCCGCCCUGCUGGUCCCACGACGAGACGGUCGCUCUGAUCGACUCGUACCGCGACAAGUGGUAUUCCCUCCGCCGUGGAAACCUCAAGGCUACCCAUUGGCAGGAGGUGGCCGACUCCGUGGCCCGACGCUGCUCCGCGGCCUCCCCUCCCAAGACCGCCGUCCAGUGUCGUCACAAGAUGGAGAAGCUCCGCAAGCGCUACCGUACAGAGCUUCAGCGCGCCCGCUCCAUGCCCGUUUCUCGGUUCACCUCCUCCUGGGUCCACUUCAAGCGCAUGGACGCCAUGGAAAAGGGCCCCUCCUCCGGAUCCUCCAAAAAACGCGUGAACGUGUCCGACAGCGACAACGAUAACGACAUCGACGCCGAAGAUGACGAAGAUCAGGAUUUGUACGAAGAAUUCAAGAAUGGAGGAGGUCCCAAUAUGAGGCAUAUGAGUAAAUUGUAUAGGAAUAAUGGGAUUGGGGGUGGCAGCGGUGGUGGUGGGGGUGGUAGUGGAGGAAGUGGGUUUCGGAUCAGAAUCCCGUCCGGGGUGGGUAUAGCGCAGCCCGGAUCGAAAUAUUUCGGUAAGGCUGAGCACAAGUAUAACUCUAAUCCUAAUUCAACCCCUAACCCUAACCCUAGUUCGAGUUCUGGCGGUAAUUUUGGGGCCAGGGUUUUGAGGGAGUGUAAUUCGGCAGGGUCGGGGAAGAAGGAGAGGGACCCGGUGACGGAGAUGGUGUCGGCGAUAAAGGUAUUAGGAGACGGGUUUGUGAAGAUGGAGCAGAUGAAGAUGGAGAUGGCGAGGGAGAUUGAGGCGAUGCGGAUGGAGAUGGAGAUGAAGCGUACCGAGAUGAUCUUGGAGUCGCAGCAGCGGAUUGUGGAGGCGUUUGCCAAGGCCUUCUCGGAGAAGAAGAAGAAGAAAGCAAAGCGAAUGCCCUCCCCGGAGUCUUAGAAUGCCUUUUUGUACUUGGAUUUUGUGGGUUUCAUGGCCAUGUUAUUCUCCCAGAAGAAGGGUCUUUGUUUCUGUAAUUUUUUUCUUCUGUUAGCAAUUGAGAAUUUGGGAGUGGUUUGGUAUUCAGACAUCCGUGGAGCUUGCUCAACAGGCCAAGUGACAGAGAUGAUUUGAGUUUCCUAGUUUAGUCGUCAUGUUUUAUUCGGCUUAUGCCACUUUUCUUAGAAUUAGUAUAACUAUGUGGAACCUAACUAGCUGUAGCUUGAUUUUCACUGAAAACGUAGCUUUAUUGUCGAUUCUGUGUUUUGAUUCCAAGCUUAUUAGGAACAAGCCGUGUCUUAAAUAGUAUUCUUUUUUCUAAUGCUAGUUCUGCAUUUCUAACUUCACCGGGCGAUGUUUUAUUCUCGGUAUUGUUCA